AGACGAAGUAGAGAACAAGCUGAAGCUAGUAGUACUUCUGCUAGAAAAAAUAGAAACCAACAAGAGGACGGCGAUCAUGACAACCACACACAAGCAGCACAACAACAUCUGAAUAAUGCCGCGAGAGGGGGCGGCGGAGCACCUGCACCGGUUUCAACAAACGGCGCAGAAGGAGCAAGUGGUAGAGGUGCUGUCGGCGGAGAGGUGGACCCCUCCGAUUUAGAAGAAGACAACGAGCAAGGUAUUCAACUUCAAACGUCGGAAGGACCCUCGACGCAAUCCACGGGGUGGCAGACGUUCGCGCGGACCAGGAGAGAGGGAAGGAGACGGACGCGCGUGUUGACCAGCACAAGUAGUCCGAGUAAUAAUUUAUUUCCACCAUCUUCUGGUUCUCCUGGUCCUGCUGCACCUCCGCGAGGUGGCGGGCAAGAACGGCAACUGAGCAACGGAAGUUCGAGUUAUACCAAAGGCACGAUGGGUUCUUCAACAACCAGGAAGGUCUUUUCAUCCUCAUCUUCCCAGGGCGGGGCGGAGGAGGUCAACACAUUACUAGAGAGUGCUGACAAGUCGUCGGUGAAGGUAGGUGUGGGGCGCGGGUUAUUCCGAGUAAAAACGUCCCCACCCCAGAGUUGUCAUGCAAAUAUGCGUGCCAAAAAAGUUUCUCAUGCAGAGCGCCAUAAGAAGCAUUUUCUUCUCGUGUUUUGGAGUCUGUGAUGAUAGAAUUAGCAUGAUAUGCUAGAUCUGUGAUGCUGCGGACCUGCUAGCUAAACAGGAUUACACUAUGAGGGCAAACUUGUCAUGCGAAACAACAAAAGCUAGUUGAUUUGUCUAGCAGAUUUCCCAUCUUGUUCUUGACCCUGGUGUGGUUAUGUUUUUGCUCAGGAUACGGGUUUGUGCGGAAACUACUCUCCGUGAUGCAGAACAUGCAGAACGGGUACAACACGGUUAUGGGGCCCUGGGCCAGCCACUACAGCAAGUCGGAAGUAGUGGACAAGAUGCCAACUCCCGGCGAACAGCAGGAGCGAGGCGACGAACCGAAUUCCCCGGCGCCCGGAGCAGGGAGGCGUGGGUUGUUCCGAGCGGGGGUCCAGUACACGCCAGCAACCCACCACCCCGCAAAUAAUAACGCGCCCCCCAACAACACCCGGUCGACGGCCACGGCCGAUGCACUAAGGCAGCUGCAGGACCAAUGGAAAAGGCAGGAAACGCCGCAAAGCUGGCCCGACCUGCAGUUCAUGGCGAAGGCCCACGGUGUAUCCUGAGUAAAAACGUACCCACACCAGAGUCAAGUUGGGGAUUUUGCAACACAAACCUAGGACUUUUUGGAGUCACGCAUGACAAGUUGCACUCCGUAGUGUAGUGCAGGUUAGCAAGUGCAGCUGCGUCACAGAUCCGUCUGCUUAUCCUGUUCAUAGCAUCACAAAUUCCAAAACACGACUGAAAAUGUCUACCGUGUGUAUGCGCAUCACAAAUGUCCUUGUCAUUGCAAAUCUGCAUGACAACUCUGGGGUGGGAACGUUUUUCCUCAGGAUACGGUGAGGGAGUGAGCGGAGGUGGAUGUGGGGGAUGUUCAUCUCCGGCGGCCGAAGAGGAUAUGAGAGCCUCAGAAUGGAAAUCCUCAAAGUGGAAAUAAUUUGUGAUGCAUGAAAUGCGACGCAAAAAGCCCUGUAUUGCAGAGGACGCAAUGGAGGCCGACUAUUGUCCUCCGAGGGUUGAAGAAUUGGGGUGCUGUUUAGCACGAGAGAACGGCACCCCUUUGCCUUAACCUGCAUGACAGACAUGCUUUAAGUGCCCGGGAAAUUUGUCAUGCAUCGACUACAAAUGGCUCUUCCACUGGAGUCGUUUUUUUGCAUUACAAAUCAUUUUCACUUUGGGGAUUUGCAACCUGAGGCUUUCAUAGAGGAGGACCACGAGAUUAUGUCAGGCCCAUAUUCUCUUUCUCCCGCUGCACGACGCCCGAAAUUUUUUGGCAAAAAUCAGAAUCAAGGCACUCCUGCUAGUGCGAAGAACGACCAAAAGGAACAGAAUAAGGAAAUGAAGCCGGGUCACUACAUUCUGAAAGUGCUGCAAGUGUACAUGAGCUUUCGGAAGCUGCAGCAAUUUGAUUCCGUCACCAUCGUCGGUCACAGCCUCGGCGGCGCGUGUAUGGCGUUCUCAAGCGUUACAUUCUCAACUGUUACAUGAUUUGUCAUGCAGAAUGAGCAUCAACGUCCACACGCAUGACAAAUUUUUGAAGGGCUAAACAGCAUGGGAAUCUGCGCCAAAUUUGUAAUGCAAGAGUUGCAAGAUCCGCCCUUUCCCUGUUGCCAUUCUUGCAUGACAAAUCCAUGUAACAGUUGAGAAUGUAACAAUUGAGAAUCCCAUAGCGUGCGCGCUGAUGACGCACGCAUUUGCCUGGCUCAGUCGGGAUCUGCCGGAGAAAGUCCGAUAUCAAAUGUAAAAAUGUCUGGGUCUGGAAGAUUGCAACUUGUCAUGCUAAAUCUGCAGCAUGCAAAAAUCUGUGUUGCAUGAUUACCAAAAGUCGUCCAGUUUUGACCAAGUCGGGAGGUAGUUUCUCAUGCAGGAUAGGCAUUAAUAAGGUCUCGCAGAAUCUGUCAUGCUAGGUCCUGCAUUCCAGACCUCAUGGGUCAUGGAAAAGCAGCAUGACAAGUCUCGAACUCUUCCAGACCCAGACACUUUUACAUUUGAUAUCCAACCGGAUCAAGAACUACAGCCGGUGCUAGUAUCAAAUGUAAAAAUGUCUGGGUCUGGAAGGUUGGAACUUGUCAUGCUAAAUCUGAAGCAUGCAAAAAUCUGUGUUGCAUGAUUACCAAAAGUCGUCCAGUUUUGACCAAGUCGGGAGGGAGUUUCUCAUGCAGGAUAGGCAUGAGAGAGAUCGCACAGAGUCUGUCAUGCUAGGUCCUGCAUCCCAGACCUCCAGGGUCAUGGAAAAGCUGCAUGACAAAUCGCGCAAUCUUCCAGACCCAGACAUUUUUGCAUUUGAUAGCUAGCGCAGCAGUACUACUCGGAAUGGUCCACCACAGGAAGCAAAUCGAGCACCGACAGGCUAAAUGCACUUGUUCUCGGCAGUAG